AUGCAGUGCUCACACUAUCUGGCGCAAGGGCUUAUUCUGGGUAUUUGUCAUGGCACACAUGUGUCAAUGGAUCAAUUUUUUGCCUACCACACACAAACUAUCGUGAAUGUGGAUGGACUCAAAAAUUGUUUUGCUGUUGUGGUUGCCAGCGUCGUUAGUGCCGUUUGCCUUGUUUUCUUCGUAGAGCGAGCCAAGAAAUGCCUCGACUUUGGUGUCACACUUUACUUUCUUGACUUCUUGGCUCAAUGUUUCUACUCAGAAUUUCCCAAAAUGUGGGAUUGGUGGCUUUUACACUUUCUGGCAGCAAGUGUGACAAUUGUUCUGGGUGAGUAUCUUUGUUCACGCCGCGAGCUCGAGGAGAUCCCUGUAGUUGACUUAUUUACCAAGCACUCUUCGCGCAAAAUAUGA